AUGGUGACAAGCGUCGUCUAUGCGCCGGGCGCGCGGCUGCUGUUCUCGGCGGCGAUCGACGGCGCGAUCGGCGUUUGGACGGACAAGGGCGCGUUGCUGCAGCAGCAGCAGCAGCAGCAGCAGCAGCAGCAGCAGCAGCAGCAGCAGCAGAAGCAUCAGCGGCAGCUGACGCGCUCAUGCCAGCUCUCAUGCCUGCCCAUCGACCAUGCAGAGGCAACGCGCCUGCGCCACGCGCGACAAGCCGGCCAGGCCGGCCCCCGCCCCACCGCCAAUGGCGGCUCGUCGGGCAAGGCGGCCGCGCCGCCCUCCGCUGCAGCAGCGGCGGCGGCGGCCGCUGCGGCGGCCGCGGCGGCUGCCGCGCAGGCGGAAGAGGCGCCUGUACUCCUGCGUGUCUGUCCGGCGUUCCGCGGGUGGCAGCAUCCGUCGGCGGCCGUGCGCUUCGCUGCGGCCGACGCCCCACCACCGGCCGACAGCGGCGGCGGAGGCGGCGGCGGUAGCGCGGGGCGCGCGGAGCCGCGGCGGCACCCCAGCACGACGGGCAGCGACAACGGCAGGACGGCGCCGCCUGGGCUUGAUGGGGAGGGUGGCGCGGCCUCGGGGGGCGACGGCGGUGACGGUGACGGCGCGCCCCAGCAGCAGCAGCACGUAAUGUUGGGGCAGCGGGGGGCAAGGGAGGAGGAUUACUUUGCUGCCUGCCACACAGACGUGGUGAAAUGCAUUGUGAUCACAGACGGCGGGAAGAUCUUCACGGCUGGGUUUGACCGCGCGAUCUGCAUCUACGACAUCGAGAGACUCUCCAAAGGGCGCGACUGCUUCCGCCGCAUCCGCGACUGCGCGCGCGCCGCCAUCACGAGCCUUUCCCUCGACGCUCGCGGCGGCGUGCUGCUCGCCGGCAGCUUGGAGGGCGCGCUCCGCGUGUGGAGCCUCGAGGGGAGGUGCCUCGACAAGUUCGAAGGCCUCAGCAGCCGUCCGAUCAGCGCCGUUGCGGUGCCACAGACUCGCGUGUGGUGGGCGACGGGGCGGUUUGACCGGGUCAACGUGUGCGACCCCAGGGCGCCUGCAAACGUGACGCAGUACGUGGCGCAGCAGAACCACCUGCUCAAACACCAGGUGGAGCUGCUGUACGCGCCGCCUGGCACGGACCUGGUGCUGGCCGCCACGCGGGACCGGUCCCUGGUGGCCUGGCAGCACAAUCCAACAGCCGCACACAGGGUCUUCAAGGCCCACGAAGACUGGGUGGAGGGCCUCGUGGCCUCAAGCACGGGCCCAGAUCCCACUGAUGAGCGCCUGUUCAGCUUCUCGGCCGACGGGGCGGUGCGUCUGUGGGUGCUGGAUGCGGAACAGGCCUGCGACGUCUACCGCCUCCUGGACGAGGUGCCCCUGGCCCCCUCCAACGUGCACUGCCUGGUGUUCCAAAAAGAGCGCGAGUGCCUGAUCGCCGGCUGCGCAGAUGGCGCCGUGCGGCUGCACUUUUUGGACGGCCGCGUGCCCAUCCACAAUGACGUCGCCCUGCCGACGGUGCUCACAGGCCACCAGGGGGUGGUGUCCGGUCUGGCGCUGGUGGGCCCUGACAUGCUGCUGAGCGCCGGCCACGACGGCACCCUCAGGCUGUGGGACCUCGCUACGAUGAAGCAGCUGCUCGUCGAGGCCGGCAGCUCGCGCCGCACGCCGGUGACGUGUCUGGAGUGGUGCGCGGACAGGCAGGAGGCUGCCCUGUGCGUCCAGGGCAGCCGCGCAUAUGUCUGGAGCCUCAGGCGGCCGCAGGCGCCCACGCUGCAGCUGGUGCUCGACCACUUUGAGAAGAAAAGCGGCGAUGACGACGGCGGCGGCGGCGGCAGCAAGGACCAGGCCGCGGCGGGCAGUGGGGCCGGCGGCGGCGGCGGCGACGCUGACAUCAUCCCGGUCAAAAAGUCAGACAUGCGGUGGCUGACCCGGUCGGACCUAGAGGGGCUGCCCUCUCAGGCGGAGCGGGAGGCGGCGGCGGCGGCGGAUGCGGGGCGGCGGGCGGCGCUGCCUGAGCUUGUGGCGGAGGCGAUAAGGGAUGCGGCGGUGGACGUUCCCGAGGUCACGCAGAUCCGCUGGGCCGGCUUCCGUGACUGCUGGGUGACGUCGGCCGACGAUGACGUCAUCAGGACCUGGUCUACUACCGGGAAGCAGCUGCAGUCCCUGCCGUCGAAGGGUGGCCGCGUCAACUGCCUGUUUGUCGACGAGGCACACGGCGCGGUGCUUGCGGCGGCGGCGAACAAGUGUGUGUAUGUUUAUGGUUUGGAGGAUGCCACACCCCUGGCAAGGUAG